CGCGCCGUCGUCGGGCUGGUCGGGGAGAGCGUGUGGAGCGUCUUGGCGACCGCGCUCUCUGGUCUCAUUCCCGGUGCAGCUGGAACGGCAGCGCUAGUGUUGCGCGCGACGGCCGCUCGGGCGUAAAUAGCGCUUAGCAGUGUUCUUCGGCACGGGUGUCGGGCGAAAUUUCAGCCACGAAGACGGUUCGCGGACGUGUGUGCCACCGCCGCCGCCGUCGCCGCCGCUGCUGCCUACUCGACGGCGGCUGCUGCGAAACCGGCGCCACCCGAAUCGCAAGUCUUUGGACAGCGUCGAAGCUGUUCUCGUAUAUUCCCAACUGCCAGUGGUGUAGCGAGAUUCAUGAAUCGGACGGUGAGGAAUUCGACCACUGUGACGAACGAUUCGUCGCCAGAAUGCGGGACUACGCGGUGGCACGUGCGGUGCCUGACCACGCCGUGCGAACGGAGGUGGUGGUUGUGGGGAACGGGCCGUCGGCGCUGAGCCUGUCGCAGCUGCUGGCGGGGUGGGAGCCGUCGCUGGCGGCGUCGCCUCCGCCGCCGGGCGCGCACGCCCACGCCCACCCGGACGAGCUGCUGGAGGCGCGCCUGCGCUCGGCGCCACCCGCGCAGUCGCUGCUGGAGCAGGACCUCCGUGCCCUAGCACAGGGGCGCGCGCGCACGCCGCUGGCGCUGCUGCUGGACGCGCUGGAGCGGCCCGGCGCCGACGCCGGCCUGGAGCGGCCGUCGCUGCUGCGCUGGCGCCUGCGCCGCGAGCGCGCCGUCGACCACGUGGUGCUGGGCAAGGGCCCGCCCGGCGGCGCCUGGCAGACAAUGGACGGGAGCAUCCUGACGCUGAGCCUGGCCUCGUGGAUGGAGCUGCCGGGGCUGUCGUUCCGCGCGUGGGAGAGCGGCGCGGGUGACGCCGGCGGCGGCGGCGGCGGCGGGCGCGGAGGCGGGGGCGGCGGGCGGGGCGUCCUCCGCCGCCGCGCGUGGCCGCUACUACGCCGACUACGUGGCUGCGCGCGGCCAAUCGCCCGCUACAUUCGGUCGGCUGCGUCG